AUGAGUCACAUGCAUGUGCUUUAUGCGCACGAUUGCAACUGGACUUUUCGGCUGGAAUGUCUCACGCCGGACGAUGUUUGGGACGCCGUGCUGCAGGACUCGGAGCAUCUGGUGACGGUGUAUGAUGCUGCAAACAAGACGGUCCGCGGCCGCCCCCUCAAGGAGCUGGUCGCCAACAGAGUCCCUUACCGAAGUAGGGGGUGGUGCAAAGCAGAGGUGGAGUGGUCCUCGUGCAGAAGCAAGUCCGAACAGAAUCAGUGGAUCGACGCUCCUGAGUCGGAGGCUGGCGGCGGAUGGGCCCAGUUGCAGGGCAAAGUCCCAAUGGCUCCAGAAGUUUUCGAAGAAGACAUGAGGAAAGCCGAAUUCACGCAUCGAAACGAUGCCGCGGCAGUGCUAGAGCUGCAGCGGAAGAUCUUCCACCAGAAAGUAUCGGAGUGUCGAAGAGCACUACGUGCACAUCUGCCGAAGGGCGAGUUGAGCCAGUUGGCCAAAGCUUUGAUCCACUACAAGAAGCUCAAGGUCUUGCACCUCCGCAACAUGGACGUGGGCGCAGCAGAGGCCGAGGAGUUUGCCAAGGUCCUAGCAGUGAACAGCACGAUCACAGAGCUUGAAAUAAGUGUCGCUGGCUCCGCGCGGGCUGAGUGCGGGGCUUUCUGGAAGGCCUUGGUGGACAUGUUGAAAAGCAAUGCCACCAUCACUUGCCUAAAGCUCGGCUUCAACGACAUCGGAGACGACUUAACUAAGGCCUUAGCUGAGGCAUUGGCGACCAACGGCACCGUCACCAGUGUCGAUCUCAGGGGUAACAACAUCACCAGCGAGGGCUGCAAGGGCUUGGCAAAGGCGUUGAAGACUAACGGCAGCAUCACCACACUCGACCUCAGACAGAAUAUCAUCUUGAAGGAGGGCUUCAAGGCCUUCACAGAGGCAUUGACCACUAAUCGCACCAUCACCACCAUCAACCUUGACUACAACGGCAGUGGCCACGAGUGGCUUUGGGAGCUGCAAAAGAUUUCCAAGACGAGGAAAGAGUCCACAAAACCCAUUCUCAAAGAUGCCGCUGCAGCACAGUCCCAUGUGUGGACCGGAAAAGUGCGCAUCCAGACCCUCGCGUCACGGCUGACGAGCAACAGUGUCACUACCCACCUGGAUUACGACUAUCCGCACAGGGCCGAGGGCAUCAAGGCCUUUGCAUUGGCACUUGUUUUGAAGACCAACCGCACCAUCACCAAAAUCAGCCUCAAACAGAACUACAUGAGCGACGAGGGCUGCAAGGCUUUGGCUGAGGCAUUGGCGACCAACGGCACCCUCACCAGUGUCGACCUCAGUGAUCACAACAUCAGUGACGAGGGCUGCAAGGGCUUGGCAAAGGCGUUGAAGACUAAUGGCAGCAUCACCACACUCGACCUCGCCUUGGCAGAAGCAUUAAAGUCCAACACCACCCUCGAAUUUCUCCACCUGCAGAAUAAUUACAUCGAUAUCGCCGGCGUGAAGGCGCUGGAAUCGAAGAUCCUUACCAACGUCAUACAGAAGCGGCGUUGGCUUCGGCAUGCCAUACAUCGGAAUCACAUCCGUGCCGAUCACGAGGAAGAUGAGGAGGAGGAUGUUGAGAUGGCUGCCGGCUUUUGCCUGCAACCAUGCCUUCGGCUCUUGCGGAAAGUGGUGUGCGGCUGCCUGUGGGCAGCAUGCAACAAUGUUCCGUGA